CUGCCGGCCGCGGCCCCCAUGGGCCCCUGUUUUGUCCCUGGCGCCAUGUCAGCGCCGAAUGGGACCUCUCAUCCCAGGCAGCAACCAACGUUCUGACGAUAUUCCAGACUAUGUUGGUCGGGGUUGGCGGUCUGGCUGGCCAUGAGUUCUUGGCGAACCCAGCAGACGAGUAGAUUCUCAGAGGUAUAAAUACUUGAGAUCUCUCCUCGAUAUGGCAGGCCCGCUGGCAUGAACAGAUCAUCCCAAACACUCACGUGGCAAACACCCCGUACUGUCGCCAUGCGCUCUAUCAACGUCUCGUUCAUCAUGGCCGUGGCCGGCCUCGCCUCGACGGGGGCCGCCCUCGACGCCGCCCAUGCCUUCGCCCAGGUGGGCGCCGUGGCGACAACCGUGGACGACGGUCAGCGCGCCGACCGCGCCAGCUGCACCAAGGCCUUCAUCUCAGUCGCCUCCGGGCUGCCCACACCCACCGGCGCCCUCUCCUCGUGGCUUGCAGACCAGGACGUGGUAGCCGAGACCGCCACCACCGUCGACGCCUGCGCGACACCCAGCGUCCCGGCACCCCUGACCUCGGCGUUCUCCAGCUACACGGCCGCCAUCACCAGCUGGUACUCGGCCUCGAGCUCCGCAGCCGACUCUCUCGUCAGCGAGUGCUCCACCAUCUUCGCCGUCUCCCUCCUCGGCGACGCGCUUGACGCGCUCGAUGCGGCCAGCGCCAGCUGCGGCUUCGGAGCCCCCACCACGGCUAAACCGGCCGCCGCACCUCGCGCUACCGCCGGUGCCGUCAUGGCUGCCGCGGGCGCCGUCGGUGCUGCCAUUCUUUUUUGAGGAAGGUCCGCUUAAUCCCAGAGCGAGUAGCGAAGAGCAAGACCGGGGAGUUGGACGUGCAGUCGACAUGUAGCGUUGUUGAACGAUCGGUCUGUACCGUGCAUGAAGCUGAACACAUGAGAGGAGG